GCAGCCCCGCCUCGCUAACAUGGCGGCACCCAGUUGGGGCGUGUUCGUUCUCUUCGAGUGUUGGCCGGGGUGGGAGUCUGGGCUUUAGGCAGGUAGUAUUUAGUUUCACAAUGUUUGGGGACCUGUUUGAAGAGGAUUAUUCCAGUGUAUCAAAUAACCAAUACGGAAAAGGGAAGAAAUUAAAGACUAAAGCUUUGGAGCCACCUGCUCCUAGAGAAUUCACCAAUUUAUGUGGAAUCAGAAAUCAGGGCGGAACCUGUUACCUCAAUUCCCUUCUUCAGACUCUUCAUUUCACACCUGAAUUCAGAGAAGCUUUAUUUUCUCUUGGACCGGAGGAGCUUGGUUCAUUCGAGGAUAAGGAUAAACCUGAUGCAAAGGUUCGAAUCAUCCCUUUACAAUUACAGCGCUUGUUUGCUCAGCUUCUGCUCUUAGACCAGGAAGCUGCAUCCACAACAGACCUCACGGACAGCUUUGGAUGGACCAGCAAUGAGGAAAUGAGGCAACAUGAUGUUCAGGAACUCAAUCGAAUUCUCUUCAGUGCUUUGGAAACUUCUUUAGUCGGGACCUCUGGCCAUGACCUCAUUAGCCGUCUGUAUCAUGGAACCAUUGUUAACCAGAUCGUUUGUAAAGAAUGCAACAACGUCAGUGAGAAGCAGGAAGACUUCUUAGAUCUAACAGUAGCGGUCAAAAACGUAUCUGGUUUGGAAGAUGCACUCUGGAACAUGUAUGUAGAAGAGGAAUUUUUUGACUACGACAAUUUAUACCACUGUGGAACUUGUGACAGGCUGGUUAAAGCAGCAAAGUCGGCCAAAUUACGUAAGCUGCCUCCCUUUCUUACUAUUUCAUUACUAAGAUUUAAUUUUGAUUUUGUGAAGUGUGAACGCUACAAGGAAACUAGCUGUUAUACAUUCCCUCUCCGGAUCAAUCUCAAGCCUUUUUGUGAACAGAGUGAAGUGGAUGACUUAGAAUAUAUAUAUGACCUCUUCUCAGUUAUUAUACAUAAAGGUGGCUGCUAUGGAGGACAUUAUCAUGUGUAUAUUAAAGAUGUUGAUCAUUUGGGAAACUGGCAAUUUCAGGAGGAAAAAAGUAAACCAGACGUGAAUUUGAAAAAUCUUCAGAAUGAAGAAGAGAUUGAUGAUCCAUUGGUGAUUCUAAGAGCAAUCUUAUUACAGGAGGAGAAUAAUCUAAUUCCUGUUGAUCAGCUGGGCCAGAAACUCUUGAAAAAGAUAGGAUUAUCUUGGAACAAGAAGUACAGAAAACAGCAUGGACCACUGCGAAAGUUCUUACAGCUCCAUUCUCAGAUAUUUCUUCUCAGUUCAGAUGAAAGUACAGUUAGUCUACUGAAGAACCAUUCUUUCCAGGCUGAGCCUGAUUUCCAAAGGAAUGAUCAAAAAAUUUUCAAGACUUGCACUUCAGAAGCCCCAGGAUUAAAUGAUAGUACCUGCUGUCCCCACUGGUUUGAUAUAAAUGAUUCCAAAGUUCAGCCAAUCAAGGAAGAGGAUAUUAAACAGCAAUUUCAGGGUAAAGAAAGUGCCUACAUGUUGUUUUAUCGAAAAUCACAGUUGCAGAGACCCCCUGAAGCUCGAGCUAAUCCAAGAUACAUGGUUCCAUGUCAUUUGCUGAAUGAAAUGGAUGCAGCCAACAUUGAACUGCAAACAAAAAGGGCAGAAUGUGAUUCUGCAAACAAUGAUUUUGAAUUGCAUCUUCACCUGGGCCCUCAAUAUCAUUUCUUCAAUGGGGCUCUACACCCAGUAGUCUCUCAAACAGAAAGCAUGUGGGAUUUGAUCUUUGAUAAAAGAAAAACUUUAGGAGAUCUCCGACAAUCCAUAUUUCAGCUGUUAGAAUUUUGGGAAGGAGACAUGGUUCUUAGUGUCGCAAAGCUUGUACCAGCAGGACUUCACCUUUAUCAGACACUUGAUGGAGAUGAACUGACACUGUGUGAAACUGAAAUUGCUGAUGGGGAAGACAUCUUUGUAUGGAAUGGGGUGGAGGUUGGCGGAAUCCAGAUUCAAACUGGUAUUGACUGCGAACCUCUGGUUUUAAAUGUUCUUCAUCUAGAAACAAGCAGGCAAGGAGAAAAUUGUCAGCAGAUAGUAGAAGCUCCACAUGUCUUUCCUUCUAACGCAGAAGUGGGCACUCUGUUCACAGCCUUAGCAAUGCCAGUAGGUGUCCUCCUCACAAGCAGUGCUGAGUCUGCAGGUGAAGAGAGAUGGGCUGCUGUUCCCAAAGAGGACAUGAAGAAGACAUUCAGAGAACUAGGUCUCAGAAACGGAAGCUCGAUUUUAAUUCAGGAUUCUAAAAAUGAUAACAGUUUGUUGCCCAAACAAGGGAAACAGAGCCCUAGUGUGAAUGAGAUGGACUGGCUCCAAGUUAAAAAUUUAUGCCAAUUAGAAUCUGAAGAGAAGCAAGUUAAAAUAUCAGCAACUGUUAACACAGUGGUGCUUGAUAUUCGAAUUAAAGCCAUAAAGGAAUUUAAAUUAAUGAAGGAACUAGCUGAGAACAGCUGUUUGAGACCUAUUGAUAGAAAUGGGAAGCUUCUUUGUCCAGUGCCAGACAGUUAUACUUUGAAGGAAGCAGAGUUGAAGAUGGGGAGUUCAUUGGGACUGUGUCUUGGAAAAGCACCCACUUCCUCUCAGCUGUUCCUGUUUUUUGCUAUGGGGAGUAAUGUUCAACCUGGGACAGAGAUGGAAAUCAUAGUAGAAGAAACAACAUCUGUGAGAGAUUGUUUAAAGAUAAUGCUGGAGAAAUCUGGCCUACCAGGAGAUACAUGGCAUUUACGAAAAAUGGAUUGGUGCUUUGAAGCUGGGGAGCCUUUAUAUGAAGAAGAUGCAACACUGAAAGAGCUUAUGAUAUGUUCUGGAGAUACGUUGCUUGUAAUUGAAGGAAAACUUCCUCCUCCGGGUUUCCUGAAGGUGCAUAUCUGGUGGUACCAGCCUCGGGGUCCCUCAGAACACUGGAAGAGUCAUCAGGACCGGACCAACUGUAUGCCUUCCCAAGACAGGGUAUGGAGAGCUGCUUCUACUCAAGGUGCUCCUGGAAACGUGCCCGUGGAAGUUUCUCUCCUCUACUUGGGAGAUGUGGAAAUCUCAGAAGAUGCCUCUCUCGUGGAUCUGAAGUCUCAGGCCAUGACCUUGCCCCUUUUCCCGGAGUUCGCUGCUCCGUCCCCAGCCUUCCUCCGAGCCUGGAUGGUGGAGAACAGGCGCCCGGGCAGGCUUCUGCGGAGCGACCGGCAGCCGCUCAAGGAGUAUAAACUAGGACGGAGAAAUGAGAUCUGCUUAGAGCCCCUUCGGAAAGAGGAAAACUUGGGCCCCCAGGACAUGCUGCUGAGGACACAGAUGCGCAUCCCCGGCACACGGGCCUAUGUCCCGGCCAUGGACUUGGUGUGGGACACCGCCCGAGGCUGGACUGCCGGCUCCCUGCGGCAGCGAGUUGCCGACUUCUAUUCUCUUCCAGUGGAGAAAACUGAAAUUGCCAAAUACUUUCCUGAAAAGUUCGAGUGGCUUCCAAUAUCUAGCUGGAACCAGCAAAUUACCAAGAGGAAAAAGAAGAAAAAGCAAGAUAAUUUACAAGGUGCACCUUAUUACUUGAAAGAUGGAGAUACUAUUGGUAUUAAGAAUCUGCUGGUUGAUGACGAUGAUGAUUUCAGUACAAUCAGAGAUGACGCUGGGAAAGAAAAACAGAAACAGCUCGCUCUGGGGAAGAAGAAAAGCCAAGAAGCCCUUCGUGCGCACAGCAGCGAUAUGUUCACCAGUGCAGGGAUGCCGGCCCGGCCCAGAGGACCAGAGGCUUCUCUCUCCAUCCACGUUGGGAGUUUCAGAUAGCAGCAGCAGCAGGACAGCUCCGGGGCCGCAGCGCCAGGUUCUACACUCUUGAUGCAACUGCCCAGUCGACUAUGUGGAAGCGGGUUUUGUCAGUUUGUGGAUUGACUGGUUGGUUGCUUGUGUAGCCUCAGAUCCCAAAUCCUCUGCUUCGUUAUGAGCAAAGGGAAGCCAGGCAAAUGCACUUGAUUGCCCAGCUCUGCGACACACCCCAGCCCACAACAGGUGCCAAGCAGCUACUCAUCUCUCACACCUGCCCCAGCCCCCUUUCACCAGAAAAUGCACUACCUGUGCAGUAACCACAGGGAGGGUGGAGCAUGUUGCCUGAGUCUGACGGAUCUGCGUAAAAUACACACUGCUCAAUCCCUUUUUCUUACACUGUCCAGAUGACUGUGUGGGCCAUCUGCAGGGUAGUCUGUGUUUUCCAGAUUUCACGUCCCCCACACCGUUCUGGUCCUCACAUAUUACAUGUCCCCCCAUUGGUCUGAGUUAAAAUUGUGAUUCUGGUGCUGAUAACACCAAGGUCCAGGGUUCAAUCUGAGCUGUGGCCAGCCACCAAGAAAACCAAAAAUGCUGUGAUUCUAUCGUGUUAGCUCCCUUUCCACAAUGAGGAGACAGAUGGACCAUCCUGCAGUUAAAUGUGCUCUUCUAAAGACAAGGAAGCCUCGGCGUGGCCAGCUCCGCAGCUCCCGGGGCUUGGUCUGACCUGAGAUGUCUGUGAUCAGAACGUUCUCGCUGCUGCCCGCAGCACCUCAGCCUGGAGGGAAGCCGUCAUCGCAGACAAGCCCCUCACCACCGUGGGUUUCACGUUGCCCCGGACAGCCUGAGUUGAUAUUCCUGACUAGUCUCAGUUAAAACAGAUGUGAAAAAGAAAAUGUAAACUAAGAUUUUUUCCUUCUUAAUUGAACACAGAUAACUACUCAAUGUUAAGGAAUUAGUUGGUAUUUAUAACAAACACAGCAUCUGUGUUACUGAAUUGACUGAUACAGGACGCCAGGGUGGUAGACUUUCUCAAAGCUGAUUUAGUCUAAAGCAGCUUCCUAAAAAGAUGUAACACAUUCUCAACCUGGUUAUCAUCUGGAUUCCACACGACUCCUCAUCAGCCCUUCUGUCAUUGAUAUUAAAACAGAACUGAAGUGUUGAGAUGGGAAGAAAACGACACCAUCUCAGCCUGCACCCUGGCUUAAGGCAUGUCAGCACACGUUGUUGGCUGUGUCACCUUUCCGUAGAGCCAACGAUAAGCCAGUGGCCCUGCUUUUCCUUCUCCAACACCGUCAAAACCACCGUUGAAGAGGAACCUUCAUCCCUUCUGUACGACUGUCUGAGAGAUUCUGUAUUAUAAAUUAUGUACUCGUUUCUGUUGAAGCACUGGCAUUGUACGAAGCUGGACUUUAACUAAACACUAACUCAAUCUCAGGAGACUUGCACGUGGGUUUCAAUGGCGCCCUUCUAGACGUACAUUGAGGGCUUCGAAUACCAAAACCAUAAACAUUAUGAUUAACCUUUCGUAGCUGGAGGCCCAGCCCUUCUGUGCAUAAGCCAUUGUUUCUUUCACUGUAACGGACGCAUUUCCUUACUAUGCCCCUUCAUCUCAAGGUAAUAAAAUGUUAAUGCCAUAACUGAAAAGCUUUGCUUUUGAGAAGCCAGAGGCCCCAGUGAGCAUUUCCAAAAGUACCAAGAUGAGGCUGGGAGGAUGUGCCCAGAAGUGCCAUCAAGCAGGGCACCUGCAGCCUGGGCCUGUAUGAGCUGCAUUUCUUUCCUUCCUCCCUUUUUGUUUUCUGUUUGUUUUGUUUUUUUAAUUUGGGGAUAAAUUGAAGGUUUGGGGAUAAAUUGAAGGAUGCAGGAAGAAAUCUGUAAGAUUUUGUUAAAGGACAAAUAAACCAUUUUUAAAGUCGUCGUUA